AUGAGAGUAUCUAUAGGGUCUUCCGUAUUAUUAAUAUUAAUAGGUCUUUUUGGAUUUGCCACUCGUACAGAAUGUGCGUUGGCAGCUAUGUCAGUCGAUCUGGGAAGCCAGUUCAUCAAGGUUGGCUUGGUGAAACCUGGAGUACCAAUGGAAAUAGUUUUAAAUAAAGAAUCUCGAAGAAAAACGCCAAACGUUCUUUCUAUUCGUAACGGAGAGCGACUGUUCGGAGAUCCAGCGCUUGGUCUCAAUGUACGAUACCCAAAAACAGUAUAUCCUCACUUAUUGGAUCUUCUUAGUAAAAAUAUUGACCAUCCAUCGGUUGAUGUGUACCGUAAGAGACAUCCACAUCUCGUCAUUGAAAAAAGCCCCAACUCAUCUAGCAUCGUUGUUCCAUUUAGAGAUGAAGUUUAUUCCAUUGAAAGCUUACUAGCUAUGAUCCUAUCGAACUUGAAAGAGUUCACUGAGGCAUAUGCUGAGCAAACUGUUAGAGAUAUCGUUAUUACUGUUCCUGUAUAUUUCACUCAAGCUGAACGUCUUGCUAUCGAAAAGGCUACUCAAAUUGCCAGACUCAAUCUUCUUCAACUUAUCAAUGAUGGAACAGCAGUUGCUUUGAAUUAUGGAGUUUUCAGAAGAAAGGAAAUUACCGAAAAGCCUUUGAGAAUGAUGAUUUAUGAUAUGGGUGCUAUGAAAACAACUGUAACUCUUGUCGAGUAUAAGGUUGUGAAGGAGAAAUAUGGAAAAGAACCAAAGCUUUCCGUACUUGGUGUUGGAUAUGAUCGUAACUUAGGAGGCUUGGAAAUGACCCUCCGUCUUCAGGAGCAUUUAGUUAAACGUUUCCGUGAAAAUUACAAGACUGAUAAGGACAUCACUACUAAUGACAGGGCCAUGGGAAAAAUGCUCAAAGAGAGUGAGCGCUUGAAACAAGUACUCAGUGCCAACGCUGAUCAUUUCGCACAAAUCGAAAGCGUUCAUGAAGAUAUUGACAUGAAGAUCAGAGUUUCGCGUGAUGAGUUCACGGCUCUCAUUCUUGACUACGAGGCUAAAAUUUCCAAGCCUGUUGAAGAUGCUCUUAAAAUGGCUGAACUUAAGCUCUCCGACAUUGAUCAAGUUGCUCUUUUCGGAGCUGGUACAAGAGUUCCUAAGAUUCAAGAAGCUAUUCAAGCCGCAGUUGGUGGAAAAGAGUUAGGAAAGUUUUUGAAUACUGAUGAGGCUGCUGCUAUGGGAGCAGUGUUUUUGGCUGCACAUUUGAGUAGUGGUUUCAAAGUCAAGCCUUUCAAUGUCGAAGACUUGGUCAUCUAUCCAAUUCAGGUCAAGUUCACGGUUAAUCAACAGCAAGAAAAUGGAGAAACUAUCCAAAAAGAUCUCACCAGACAAAUCUUCCAGUAUAAGACGAAGUACCCAACGAACAAGAAGACUAUUGGUUUCACAUCUUUCCUCACUGAUUUCAACUUCGAGCUCAAUUAUGGAGAUCUUUCUCACUUUAAUGCUGAACAGCACAGACUAUUGGACCCCUUAACAGGAAAACUUGCCACUAUUUCUGUUGAUGGCUUGACUCAAGUUAUUGAAGAAAAGGUGAAAGCCGAAGAAACCGAAUUCAAAGGAGUAAAAGUUCCGUUCAUUCUUGACGGAUCUGGAAUUGUUCGUGUAGGAAAGGCGGAAGCAACAAUCCAAAGAAAGUCUCAAGGGGUUGUAGAAUCCAUUACAAAUACCAUCAGUGGUUUCUUCACUGGAAACGCUGAAGAGGGUGCACCAACGGAUACGGAAGAAAAGAAGGGAGAAGCCGAUGCCGCUCCUGAAACUCCAGAGGCAGACCCUGCUUCUGAAGCUGAACCAUCAACUCAAGAAGAGAAGAAAGAAGAACAAAAGGCUGAAGAACCAUCAGAACCUGAAAACAAAGAGAAGACUGCCGAAGAGCCUGAAGCUAAAGUGAACAGUACUGAAACUCCUGCUAAGAAUGAAACCGAAAAGGCUGAGAAGAAAGUUCCCGAAGUCGAAAAAGUUGUUUUGGGCACUCAAGAGUCAUACUUGGGAGUUCACAUUCUGACUUCUGAAGAAAUCGAAGAUUACAAAACCAGACUUGAAGCUUUUGAGAGAACUGAGAAGCUUGCAGCCGAGAGAGCUGCGGCUGAGAAUGAACUCGAAUCGUUUGCUUUCGAGGCCAGUUUGUUACCCGACGAAGAAGAUUUUGUUAAGUUCUCAACAGAAGAAGAGAGAGAGAAGUUAGCUAAAGAGGUCACUCGUAUCCGUGCUUGGUUGGAAGAUGAUACAACUCCAGAGACUAAGACUGGUGAAUUCAAAGAAAAUUUGACUAUCUUGAAGGAUAUUUUGAAUCCCAUAAAGAAAAGAAUUUCUGAAUCCUCAACUCUUCCGGAAGCUAUAACUAAUCUGGAAAACAUGUUGAAUUCUUCCAGAAUUAUGGUUGGAAUGGGAGGAGACGAUGAGAAGUCUUUGUUCUCAAAGAAUGAUACCGAAGCCUUUGCUAAGAAACUCGACAAACUGACUGAGUGGAUCGAAAGUAAGAAGUCUGCUCAAUUGGAGAAGAAACCAAAUGACGAUCCUGCGGUUCUCACCAGUGAAGUCGCUCUGAAGAUCAAAGCUCUGGACCGUGAAUUGAACAGAUUUAUGAAGAAAAUGAAGGCUGAAAGAACUGUUAAUGUAGAUAAGAGUCAGAAUAAGACCGAGACCGGAACUGAGACUGACGAAACGACAAAGAAACCUGAGAAGGCGGAUGAAGCCGAAGAACAGAAGCCUACUAAUGAAGAGGCUGAAAAGCCCGAAGAUAAUAAAGAGGCGAAAGAUACCGAGAAAGUUGAGCUUUAA